GGAGAGUUCUUGGUGAUGGUGUUUAAAUUGCAGGCACGAGCUGAAGGAAUAAUUAUUAUUUAAUUUAUAAGGUAAUGAUUAUAACAAAUUUCAAUACAAUAAAAAUUUAUAAAAGUUGACACACUUUAUAAUACAAAUUUAACGUAUGGACAGGCAUGUGUACAUAAGUCGAGAGGGAAAAUCUUCAAGGAUUUGUUCAAGUAGCAUCCCAAAUUUCCAAGGGUCCCCACCUCCUACACAUCUGGUAGAACAUUUGCCAAAUCAUAAAGAAAUUACAACAUAAUGAAUGAUUCCCCCGCCCAGCGCAAGGACGAAGGCGGUAAUAAAAGGAAAUUCCGAUGCGAGUAUCCCUCCUGUGGGAAACUAUUUAAGAGGAAGAAUCACCUUCAAGUGCACUCAAUGACACACUCCUCCCUCCGACCCUGCCCUUGCCCCAUAUGUCCGAAAAAAUUCAAAUACAAAACCGCUCUACAAACCCACAUCAAAACCCACAACGAGGAACGACCCCAUAUCUGUGGGUUCCCCAAUUGUGGAAAAUCCUUCCGAGAAUUGGGUGGACUUCGCCGGCACGAAAAACAUCACGGGGACUCCGACGCCCGUAAAGUAUUUCAGUGCCCCUCCUGUCCGAAACGGUUUGGAAGGAGGGAUCACCUCAAAACUCAUGAGGAAGCGGUUCACCUCCAACUCAAGCCGUUUCCAUGCCCCUUGUGUUCCAAGAGUUUCGCAACUCGCGUCGCCGUGAGGAGCCAUGUGAAGCAUUUCCACCUGAAGGAGAAACCUCUUAAAUGCGAGGAGUGUGGCAAGGAGCAUGGAACCAUGGCAGCCCUCAACACCCACCGCGAAACCCAUAAAAAUCUGAGUGAGAGGAAAUUCUAUUCUUGUAAAAUCCCCGGGUGUGAGAAAGUAUUUAAGCACGAGGGAACAUUAAAGGUUCACAGUAAAUUGCACCAUGAGGGUAUCGGCUUUCCCUGUACGAUAUGUGGGAAAAAGUUUGCUAAAAGGUCUGCCCUUCCACGUCAUGAGGCUACUCAUGUCCGAAGGAAAGAAUUGAUUUGUACAAAAUGCGGGAAAAAGUUGUCCACCGAGAAAAUAUUGGAAAAACAUGAGAGAAUUGUGCAUGGGGCGCGUUACAGGUGUGACGUUGGGAAAUGUGGGGAAACUUUUUAUGCCCUGAGCGGCCUGCGCAGACACGUGGUGAACCACGUGGCUCGAUUGAAAUGCUACUUUUGUCCCAAACUCUUCAGAUGGAAUAUGGAAUGGGAGACCCAUCUCCGAGUUCACACGUUGGAGCGCCCGUACUCUUGCCUAUUUCCAAAAUGUGGGUUUGCCAGUGGUCAAAAGAGUAACUUAAGGACUCAUGAGAGCAGGCAUGCCACUGGCCCGGGAAGUUAUGGGUGUCCCUCUUGCCCAAAGAAAUUCAUGACGAGGGACUCCUUGGCGAAGCAUGAGAAGCGGGUGCAUCUAAAAUUGAGACCGUUUGCUUGCAAUCUAUGUGGAAAACGGUGCGGUGAUCUGGCUAGUUUGAAAAUCCAUAUUUCUGGUUUUCAUUUACAAGAAAAACCCUACAAAUGUGGGGAUUGUGAGGCCGGAUUUACGGUAAAGUGCAGCUUGGAGAAACACUUGGAAUCACGGCAUGCCAUCCAUCGUAGAGUGUUUGUUUGUAGGGAGGCCUCCUGUGGGAAGACGUACUUGACCGUGGCCUCACUAAGGGAGCACAUGGAGGGGGAACACGGUGGGGGGGAGGGCUUCCCUUGUGGGUUUGAUGGGUGUGAUAAGGUGGCUAAGACUCUGGCGGCGUUCAAAAGACACAAGGUUACACAUUUGCGGAGGGAAGUUACUUGUUCCGAGUGUGGGAAAUUAUACGCGUCGAAAGAUUCUUUGAGCCAGCAUGUUAAAAGAGUGCAUAUGUGAGUGACUAGGUGUAACAUUGACCCGUGUCGAAUAGAUCAGCUUGUGUAGAGAUAUUGUAGAAAUUAUUUAGGCUCGCACCCCAAAUAACUGGAGUUAUUUUAACUAAUGCAAAAAUUCCCAGUAAACAUAAUAUGUUAACGAUUACUUAGAGAUAAAUAAAUGAGGACUGGUACAUACA